GAGUUAAACCUUCUGAAAAUUCUAUAUUUCUAAAAAAUAAUAAAUAAUUAAAAAUAAAUGUAAAUAUUUGAAAACUUGUGUAAAAACGUUGUAUACAAAUAUUAUAGUACGGCUUUGAGUAGGAGUUCAAUGAAUUUCACAUCCGGUUAAAUUUCUCGAGUGAACGAGGACGAUCCUCUCGUUACUCUGAUAGUGCGUUACACUUUGUUGAGUGUUUGUGGGCUUCGUGAAAGUAUUUUUUUCCUUACACUUCUAAUCUUAUUUUAAUCAUGGCUCGGGGGCAGCAGAAACUUCAGUCGCAACAGAAGGCUGCUGAAAAGCAGGCCAAAAUGAAGAAACAACAGGGACACAAUGCUAAUGACCAGAGAAAAGCCGCACAAGCAGCCCUUGUUCAUGUCUGUGCAGUAUGCAAGGCGCAGAUGCCUGAUCCGAAGACCUACAAGCAACAUUUUGAAAAUAAACAUCCCAAAAAUGAACUUCCAAGUGAUUUGAAGGAUGUAGCACUAUGAUAUCACCAAGCUCGGUACCUUUGGCUGUUUAUGUUUACUUUUUCUACUGAAAACAUUAAAUUGUGUGGGACUUCAUACUGUGACAAUGAUCAUUUGUCUUGAUAGCAAAUCCAUCUGCAUUUGUCACUGUUGAAAAGGGGAUAUGCAAAUUUAUGGUGUUUUUGGUGAUUUCUUAACAUUCUUCCAUUUAUCUCUAUUUUAUGUUCUAAAAUGUCUGUAAGAUUUCAGAAAUAUACAUGAUUCCAAGGUUGUUUUCUGAGAGCCAUCUAAUUCUGAGAUAAAUAUUUGCAUUAUUUGUUUUGAGUUAGAAAAUUAAAAAGUUUAUCAUCAGAAUGAAGUUUGUGAAACUACAAGAAUGUAUUUAGACAGCAGUGGAUAUGUAAUAUAAAAAUUGUUGUAAUAUUAGAUGCGAAGUAGCCUGAGUCCUUUUUAAGUUUUCUAUUUGUAAUUUAUUAAAGUACUGUAAUAACAGUUACUGCACAUAUGGAAAUAUUUGCAUCUAUUGUGCUUUGUUUUAAGCUUCUUGUCUUGGAAGAUUAACAAUAAACCAUUCGUGCUAAUAGUGUCAGGUCUCCGUAGACCGCUGUACUACAAUCUCUUCUGACCUUUUAGACUUGCCAUUGACUUACAAUGGUUUGUCCAAUAGUGUAUAGCCAUUCAUUCCUCAAUGGUGAAUAGAUAUGAGAUUCUAAAUCAAGUUUAUUACAUUAGGUACAGAAUAAUACAGUUGAGAGUGGUGGUGUAUAACGAAGGUGGUGCCUCUGUUGAAGCAAUGGUAAUUGGCAUAUUACUUUCAUGGGGACUAUGGUUAGGUAGAAAGGUGAUUUAGAAAGUCCCAGACUUCAGUGGAUUAAAUUAUAAUUAUUGGUUUAAAUUACAUUAAAUCCAUCUAAUGAUUUAUAAAAAAAAUUGUGGCUUUAAUUUUUCCACAAUAGGUAAGAUGUAACAUACUGUGUGACAGCAGCAAUUAAUAAAAAUUUAUUGCUGAAGUGUCUGCUCCUGAGCUUAAAAUUUUAAGAAAGAUGACUGAAUUUUGAACAGUUCAUAGCAGUUGUAGAAAAAUUGGUUGUGUACUUUAGAAAAUUGUAAAUUUUGUAAGGUACACAAAAAGUUUGACUUGAAAUUUAACAUUGUUUGAUCUAUCAUAAUGAUGAGUUUUUGUUGUAAAGAGUUGGGUGUGUGCAGUGUACGGGUUCAAAAUGUAUUUGCAUUUUUUAUAUUAACAUGUACUAUUGGUCUCUAUAAGUGUUUCAUUAUUAUUUUCUGAAACAUUUACUUAUCAUUUUCUCAUAUACAGGUAAAGAAACAAUUUCAGUUUUGUAUAUUGAAUAAAGAUUGAGAGACCUUUGUCAUGUCUUUUAGAUAAAAGAUUAUUUCUUACCUAUAUAGUCUUCAAAAUAAAUAUUACCUCUUCAAAAUAGUGUUUUUUGGAGGAUUUGAGGGAUGUUCAAUAAGUCCUUAGAAAAAGAUGAAGCAAAUUUUUUUGUGCAGGAUUUUUUAUUUUCCAACAUAACUUCUUUUUAACUCUCUACUUUUCCAAGUCUCUCUCCAACUUUAACCUAUCAAAAAAGUAGGAUUUUGGAAGUCUUGAAAAUUGGCCUCUGGGCGAUCUCAUUCGAUGUGAACAGUCAUCUGCUGAGCCAUUUUUUCAAAUUUGGAAAUGGAAAGAAAUCGUUAGAGCAUAUAUCGCAGGCCAAAUAUGGUGGAUGUUAAAAUAGUUCUAACUUGAAUUUCUUGAAUUUUGGCUAUUGAAACUGCAGGAGUGUACCUACACGUC